AUCAACUUUUCGUGUCAUCGUCCAUCCCAGUAGUCUAUGUUGAUACUUCAUUCACUCACCUGCUCAUCUACCAUCUUGCUUGAUUGUUCGUCUCGCCAAACCGCCGAAUAGAGAUUAAUAACGUUUCCGAUGGAGUCUGUCGGGUUCAGGAUACCGCUAACAUACCACCGAAAUCUGCUCUUUCCGAUAUAACCGCAAUUUGAAGUCGUAUUGCCCUUCAUAUUUGACCCAAAGAAUAACCCCGGUAUGGCUGACAGUAAGACCGCCCUGCCUUACGAAGAACCAUCUAUCUCCACAGUCCUCAAUCAGACGGGGUUUCUUCUAGUCUUGAACUUGGUCAAUGUCUGCCUGGACAAGCUCCUUUACUGUGGACUGAUCGGUCAGCUGGUCAUUGGCAUUCUCUGGGGAACCCCCGGAGCAAAAUGGCUCGACCGCGAUACUCAAACCGUGAUCCAGCAGCUUGGAUAUCUGGGUCUGAUCAUGCUCGUAUAUGAAGGUGGUCUGUCGACAUCGCUUCCAUCCGUAAGGGCGAACCUUUUCCUGUCAAUUGCCGUGGCUCUUACUGGGAUCGGAACUCCAAUGGCUCUCUCAUUCAUCCUCAUGGAACUGGUUUCUGCAACACCGCUUCAAGCUUUCGCCGCGGGAGCGGCCCUAAGUGCAACCAGUCUGGGCACCACUUUCACUAUCCUCUCAACCACCGGGCUUAUCAAGACACGACUUGGUACAGUCACUACCAGUGCAGCCAUGCUUGAUGACGUCGUGGGUUUGGUCAUGGUACAAAUCAUCACGAACCUCGGUGGAAGCAGUGACUCUUUCAGUGCAGUGACCGUCAUCCGACCCGUAUUUGUUUCCAUUGGGUUCGGUGUCGGCGUAGUGCUUGGAUGCAGAUUGUGCAUUAGACCAAUCUUGCGUAUGAUCUUCGCGAAGAGGGACAAGUUUCCCAGUUUCAUGAAGACGAUUCAGUUUGCAUUUUCGGCUUAUUCGUGCAUCUUGAUCGGAUUGGUAGCCGGGGCCACAUACGCAGGGACCUCCAGCCUGUUCGCGGCGUAUCUCGCUGGCGUCAUGACCUCGUGGAUUGAUGACUUCUUCGAAGGGAGCUUGCAAAGGGAGUGCCACGCCACUGCUAGUUCUAAUGAAGCUGCUGGAUCAAGCCGUGGGGACAACUCCCAGGAUCAAGCCCCUCGCUAUAAUAAUGACCAUCCAGCUCAGGAUAUGCAAGGCAGCUCGCAUCCUGCAGCUCCAGGCGUACCCCACGAAAAGACCCCCAGCGGGCUACUGGCGUAUGAGAAAUACUACGCUGCACCCGUCGGUCGAAUUUUGACACCUCUCUUCUUUGCAUCGAUUGGAUUUGCAAUCCCCAUCACCGAGAUGUUCAAUGGGACUGUGGUAUGGAAAGGGAUUGUCUAUGCUGCUCUCAUGUCCCUUGGUAAGAUGGCCACGGGGACAUGGCUGGUUAGAUUCUCUUUAGGACAGGUGUCAAGCGCGAUCCGGGCUCUGACAGCUCCAUUGAAAUAUGUGGUGUUGUUCUGCACUCACUUUCCUAAAGCAGAGUAUGGAAAAAAGGGCGGACAAGAACAGGGCAACCGUGAGGGUGACCGCUCUCUGGAACAGCCUGUCGCGCGCGACGAGUCAGGGCAACAAACCGUCCCAUAUUCAAACAGCAACCAAGGCCAUGGCGAAAGGGAAUCCAAUAAAGCUGUGAAGGAACAAGCAGGUCACCCAGAGCAACCUACUGCGUCUGUUUCCCCGCCUCCCAAGCCUAAAUCCCUCUAUCCCCCGUCGAUACUCGGACUCGCAAUGGUAGCUCGAGGCGAGGUAGGCUACCUCGUUGCAUCACUCGCGGAAUCUAAGGGGAUCUUUGGCAAGAGUCCAUCUGGUGGCUCUUCCGAAGCCUACCUAGUUGUCAUUUGGGCUAUCUCUUUGUGUACCCUGAUUGGACCAAUCAGCGUUGGCACACUCGUAAGAAGGGUCAAGACUUUGCAGCAGAGACGCAUCGAUUCGGGCGGCCCUGACCCUUUAGGGGUCUGGGGGAUUUGAUAGGGUAAAAGGCUUGUUAGGGUGGAGAUAUUGGCUAUGCAGCUCUUCCAGGACUAGCUGUGAUAUUUGGAAACGGUCAACAUCCAAUUGUAGCUUGCAUGAGGCGCAUUUGGUGGGACUAGUUCCCCGGAUUCCAUAUAUUGAAAGGAGAAUUAAGCUGCAGAGAAUUCAGGGCGAGCAGGUAACGGAACUAGCGGUAGCAGGUGCAUUGUAUAUCGAUACGAAUGGCGCUUUCUCUUCUGUAGACAAGAGGAUUGACUCGGAAUCAUCAGGAGAUGCAUCACGCAACUCACCGAAUGGGAGUUGUCUCGGUACUGGCUAGGGAGUUCGAUACCACCAGAAGUGAUCGGGGGUGAUAUAUCGCGAACACUCCAGAGACUUUAUAGCCUUUGGCACUCAUACCUGGGUCUGGUAUAGCUCCGACUACCGAUUGGAGCGUGAU